AUGAUAUGGUGCAGUGUGUUACAUUCAUUAUUUUAUUCAAAUGCUUUCAUUGUUUUACUUAUCUGUAUACAAUAUUCUGAAGCUGUUGAUAGAAGCAGUUUCAAGACAUGUGAGCAAUCGGCCUUCUGCAAGCGCCAUAGAACUCAAGCAGAAAAAUCAGAGUAUAAAGUGAGUCCUGGAAGUGUUACACAUAAUGGUUCUGUGAUCAUAGCAGAAUUAGAGAGUAAUAUUAAUAAAUUGUACUUGAAAAUCGUAUCGUUGAAUGAUGCAACAAUGCGCGUGCUAAUAGAUGAAAAAGAAGGAUCGUUACGACCACGAUUCCAGCCUGUUGAUGCAUUAAAAGAAGGAAAUAAUUUGAAAACAGUCGAUUUUAAAUCGGUCGAAGUUGGUAACACUUCAACUUUUAUAAUAAUGGACAACAAUGCAAAAGUAAUCUUGAGCUAUGCGCCGUUUCGAAUAGAUUUUUUUGUCAACGAUGAACUGACAAUCAGUGUCAAUCCUAAUAAUGCAUUGAAGUUCGAACACUUUAAGAUAAAAAUUGAUAAUGAAACAGACGUGGAAGGUUUUUGGCAAGAAACAUUCAAAAAUCAUAUUGAUCACAAACCUUUUGGAUCAAGUUCGGUUGGUAUUGACAUAUCAUUUAUUGGUUAUAAAUUUGUCUAUGGUUUACCGGAACAUGCGGACAGUCUAGCUCUAAGAUCUACGACGACUACGGAUCCUUAUCGAUUAUAUAAUUUGGACGUUUUUGAAUAUGAAAUCAAUGAAAAAAUGGCUCUUUAUGGUGCAAUACCGUUUUUAUUAGCUCAUAAUAAAGAGCUUUCUUUAGGUUUACUGUGGCUUAAUGCUGCAGAAACAUGGGUUGAUGUUAAUUCUUCAACAGCAGAUAAAGGCAUUUUACAUUCACUUGUCGAAAAGUUCAAACGAUCUGUAGAUGUACCGCAGAUUGAUGUUCAUUGUAUGUCAGAAUCUGGCCUUAUUGAUUUUUUUGUAAUGUUAGGUCCAAAGCCUGAUGACAUAUUCAGACAGAAUACAAAACUUACUGGAGUUUAUCCGCUGCCACCCUUGUUUUCGCUAGCUUAUCAUCAAAGUAGAUGGAAUUACAAUGAUGAAGACGAUGUAAAAGAAGUACAUGAAAAUUUUGAUAAACAUGAUAUACCACUCGAUGUAAUUUGGCUUGAUAUUGAACAUACCGAUGGAAAGCGUUAUUUCACAUGGGAUCCUAACAAAUUCACAAAUCCAAAACAAAUGAUCAGUAACUUAGUAGCAAAAGGACGAAAAAUGGUCACAAUAAUCGAUCCUCACAUCAAAAAGGAUGACAACUACCAUGUAUAUAGCGAGGCAAAAAAAAAUGGCUAUUUUGUAAAGGUGGGUGAUGACUAUGAAGGACACUGUUGGUCGGGUGCAUCCAUGUAUCUCGAUUUUCUAAACCCGGCAGUUCGGGAUUUUUGGGCUGGCCAAUUCGCUUUCGAUCAGUAUAUUGGUUCUACGGAAGAUCUUUUUACUUGGAAUGAUAUGAAUGAGCCAUCCGUGUUUAGUGGUCCGGAAGUGACUAUGGAAAAAGAUGCUAGACAUUUUGGAGACUGGGAGCAUCGGGAUGUUCAUAAUAUUUAUGGGUUUUAUCAUCAUUCUUCGACGUUUCGUGGCCAUUUGCUGCGAACAAAUAACCGUAAACGACCAUUUGUGCUGACUCGAUCGUUCUUUGUUGGCAGUCAGCGUACAGCAGCCGUUUGGACAGGAGAUAACACUGCAAGCUGGGAGCAGCUGAGAAUAUCGGUUCCUAUGCUUUUGUCAUUGUCAAUUUCCGGUAUACCUCAUGUUGGUGCUGAUGUUGGUGGCUUCUUUGGUAAUCCUGAUGAGCAGCUUUUAACUCGGUGGUAUCAGGUAAAGACGGGAACAUCUCUUAAUAAAUAUUUCCGAAAUUUGAAUUUCUUCACUGCCGUAACUCAUGCACAUAUUGAUACAAAACGAAGAGAACCUUGGUUAUUCUCAAAUACUACGACUUCAUCAAUUCGGAGAGCGAUUCGUACUCGUUACUCUUUCUUGCCUUACUGGUAUACAAUAUUUUAUGAACAUACGCUAACUGGAAAACCGCCAAUGCGACCAGUAUGGUCAGAAUUUCCGGAUGAUGAAGGAUCAUUCGAUGAAGAACGCGAAUGGUUAUUAGGUUCAGGCUUACUUGUUCGGCCAGUAAUGGAACCAGACGUACCUUCAAUCUCAUUAUACUUGCCGGGCAGAAGAAAUGUCGUAUGGUACAAUUGGGAUGAUCACAUGGUUUCUACAGUUUUCUUUUUUAUUAGAGUUCUUAUCGUUUUUCUGUGGUUUAUUUCAUCCGUUUAUGUUAAUACGCCUAUCGAUCGAGGUGGUACGAUCAUUCCCAAAUGGGAAAGAGUGAGACGGGCCUCAACAUUAAUGCGUCAAGAUCCUAUUACUUUAUAUGUUGCGAUCAAUUUUAAGGGAGAUUAUGCUAAUGGGACAUUAUAUAUGGAUGACGGCGAAACCUUUGAUUAUAAAACUGGUCAAUACUUCUAUUGGGGAUUCGUUUAUAAGAAAGAAGGCGAUCAGCUGUAUUCACUUUCAUCCAAAAAUUUAGACAAGAAGGGAACCCUGGAAAGUGAUGCUAUGAUUGAAAAAAUAGUUAUCAGAGGUGUUCGGUAUUACCCCACAAAUGUUCACAUCUACUUGGACGAUUGGAAUCCAGAAACAGCUGAUUAUGUACAUGAUCGAGAUGCACAGUCACUUAUAAUUCGUAAGCCUAAUGUGUAUGUCACAAAGGAAUUUAGGAUUGAUAUUCAUUUAUGA